AUGGAUAUCGGUGGCCUGACCACCGUGGUGGCCAACUCGGCCUACAUCUCCGCCCGGGGCAGCUUCGACGGCUCCGCCAACCCGGCCUCCAACAGGGACAAGAAGUACUUCGCCAAGCUCAAGCUGCCCCACAUCACGGUGUGCGAGGGCCUGCAGGAGACGCUGGACCUGCAGUUCCAGAGCAUCUGCGUGGAGCAGCCCAUCGGCAAGCGGCUCUUCCAGGAGUUCCUGGAGUCAGCCAACGAGUACAAGGGCCCCUGCCGGCUGUGGAAGGACAUUGAGGAGUAUGACACCGCCGAGGACAAGGACCGCGUGCAGAAGGCCGCCAAGGUCAUCCAGCGCUACAUGGAGCCCUCCGCCAAGUAUUUCUGCCCCUUCCUGCCCGAGAAUGGCAUCACCAAGGUGAAGGAGGUGCACGAGCAGGCCGGGGAUACCCUGUUCGCGGAGACGCUGGUGAACGUCAUGGACUUCCUGAAGGAGGUGCCCUUCACUUUCUACCUGGAGACCAUGUACUUCAAGCGCUUCCUGCAGUGGAAGUGGCUGGAGAUGCAGCCCGUUGGGGAGGACUGGUUCCUGGACUUCCGGAUCCUGGGGAAGGGGGGCUUCGGGGAGGUGUCAGCCUGCCAGAUGAAGGCUACAGGGAAGUUGUAUGCCUGCAAAAAGCUUGGCAAGAAGAGGCUGAAGAAGAGGAAUGGCUAUGAGGGGGCAAUGGUGGAGAAGAGAAUUCUGGCUCGUGUCCACAGUCGUUUCAUUGUGUCGUUGGCCUACGCCUUCCAGACCAAGAGUGAGCUCUGUCUCGUCAUGACCAUCAUGAACGGCGGAGACCUCAGGUACCACAUCUACAAUGUGGAUGAGAAUAACCCUGGGUUUGAGGAGCCGAGAGCCUGCUACUAUGCUGCUCAGAUCAUCAACGGCAUGGAGCACCUCCACCAGAAGAGAAUCAUCUACAGAGACCUGAAACCAGAAAAUGUACUGCUAGACAAUGAAGGUAACGUGCGUAUCUCUGACCUUGGGCUGGCAGUGGAAAUGAAAGACGACCAGUUUAAGAUCAAAGGCUACGCUGGAACUCCAGGGUUCAUGGCCCCGGAGCUGCUGAAAGGGGAGGAGUAUGAUUAUUCUGUGGAUUACUUUACCCUGGGGGUCACUCUUUUUGAGAUGAUUGCAGCCAAGGGCCCCUUCAGGAGCAGAGGAGAGAAGGUGGAGAAUAAGGAACUGAAGAAGCGGAUCAUUAAGGAACCGGUGACCUAUCCGGAGAAGUUCAGUGAGAAUGCCAAGUCCAUCUGCGAAGGCCUGCUGGCCAAGGAGGUGGACGCCCGGCUGGGCUUCAAGAACGGGAGCUGCGACGAGAUGCGGGCGCACCCCUUCUUCAGCUCCAUCAACUGGAGGAAACUGGACGCAGGCAUCCUGCCACCACCGUUUAUCCCCGACUCCAAGACGGUGUACGCCAAGGACCUGGACGACGUCGGGGCCUUCUCCACGGUGAAGGGGGUGAACCUGGAGGACAAAGACAAGAAUUUCUUCGACGAGUUCGCCUCGGGCAACAUUUCCAUCCCCUGGCAGGAGGAGAUGAUCGAAACCGGCGUUUUUGGGGAGCUCAACGUGUGGGGUCCCGGAGGGGCCGUGCCCGACGACCUGCGCCGCGAGUCCAUUCUGGAGCAGCCGCAGAAGUCCUCCACCUGCUGCCUCUCAUAG